AUGUGGUCUACGGCAACAUUCUUGACCAUCCUUUUCUCUAUUCCACUCAUGGUCUCAGCCAAUAUCUCAAGAUCCAACGACAAUAAUUAUAAUAAUAAUACCAUCGGUCAAAGAGAUGGUGAGACUGGAAAAGGAGUUUUUAGAAUUAUAGUACCUCCUAAUAGUGAUAUUAAAUUUCCUGAUAAACCAGAAAAGGAUUGUAAAGUUCCAUGUUAUCCCGAACUCCAAUCUGAUGGUAGUGGAUAUAACAAAGAAGAAUUUGAUUUAGGUUUGUAUGGUGCAGAGCUGAAUAACCCAAACGUCGUUAAUUGGGCUACCCCCACUGCUACCAUGCAUUGUACUACAACUGUCACUGCUUCUCCCACUGGAACUAUCAAAUUUGGUAUCACUCCCACAGCAGGAUUCACUGGUGCUACUCAUGCUCCUGGAACUCUUAUCUGCAACCCGACCGUUCGAGUUUGA